AUGCUCCCAUCCACUAAAAGUCAGACUGCUGCGUACAACCACAACAGCUCCGUUUCAGGAGACAAUGAGAGCGACAACAUGGAGACGAACACCAAUUUUGACGACAUUGAGUUCUCGCCUGAGGAACAAAAGAAGAUCAUGAGGCGUGUCGACGUACGCCUAGUGUCCACCGUUGGACUGCUGUAUUGCUUCUCUGUCAUUGAUCGCUCAAACCUCCCUUCGGCUGCAGUUGCUGGCAUGAUUGGGGAUUUAGAUAUGACCGGAAACCGAUAUGUGAGUUCUGGUUUCUGA